AUGAGAGCAAAGGCUAGAGUUAAGUGGGUAACGGAAGGAGGUGCUAAUACAACUUUCUUUCACACAACUAUGAGAGUUAGAAAAGCUUAUGAUACUAUUGCAGAAUUGGAGGAUGCAGAUGUGUUUGGAAUGGAUGCAAAUAGUGCUCCUGGUCCAGAUGGUUUUCCAGGGUGCUUCUACAAAUUUGCUUGGAAUUUAGUUGGUCAAGAAGUGGUUGAUGCCAUACAGAUACAAGGAGCCAAAAAAGUUGUUCAGUUCAGACCAAUUGGUCUUGCCAAUUUCAAUUUUAAAAUUAUUACAAGAAUCAUAACUGACAUAAUUGGUAAAAUCAUUGGGAUAUUAGUAUCUAGCCAACAAGGAGCUUUUAUAAAAGGAAGAAAUAUACAUGAAAAAGUGAUUCUAGCUUCUGAAUUGGUAAAUGAGCUUGACAUUAAAAGGAGGGGUGGCAAUGUAGGAUUAAAAAUUAAUAUAACUCAAGCUUAUGAAUCCUUGAGUUGGGACUUUCUCUUUGAAGUGUUAAGAAGAUUUGGAUUUUUUGAGUUGGAAUUCAUUGGCUGGAGAAAAUAUUUGAAUCUGCCAGAAUAUAAGUUCUAA